UUUACGUUCAACAUUCAAGCUAAGGCUAUCACAUGUAAAGAAAAGCGCCUUUUUUUGUGCUCCACCGAUCACGUCACUCUCCUGGUCCAGAUACAAAACAUCCCAAUUUCCAUUCUUUGCUUGUCAAUUGCACUCGCUCUCUUCUUUUCGUUAUCCCUAUCCAUUCUCUAUGGCGUCUUCUCAAUCGUCGAUCCUCGCCUUGAUCAGGCACCCUUUCGUGCAGACCUUCACUUGGCUGUACCUCAUCUUGCAAGCUGUGCUGAGAUUUGUCUUUUCGCCAGCUCCACCCCCUCCGACUGCAAAUAAAUCCAACCUUCCCCGCAAGAGGGUUGCGGUCAUUGGUGCUGGCCUGACGGGUGUCUCGUCUGCUGCACAUUGUGUGGGCCAUGGCUUUGAUGUUCAGAUUUUCGAGUCUAGACCCAAGGAAAGCGGCUUGGGAGGAAUCUGGAGUCGCGUCAAUUCCACCUCGGCCCUCCAGGUUCAUAGCUUGAUGUACCGAUUCCACCCAUCGGUGCACUACGAUAGUGCCUAUCCUACUCAGCAGCAAAUUAAAGAGCAGAUUGUUCAGCUAUGGAAGCGCUACGACCUCGAAAGACGCACAGUGUUCGACACCCGCGUCACCUCGGUAAAAAAGACAGAGGAUGGACAAUGGAUUAUCAACAAUGACGAAGAGAAAUAUGGCCGCUUUGAUGGAGUGCUUACCGCCGUCGGUGUCUGUGGAGAUCCUCAAAUGCCUACCUUGCCGGACCAGGACAAGUUCAAAGGUCAGAUUUUCCACUCGUCAAACUUGGAUGGCAAAGAUGCCAAGGGCAAGAAGAUCUUGAUCGUUGGUGGCGGUGCCAGUGCAAUCGAAGCUCUGGAAUUUGCAGUCAAGUCUGGUGCGGCAGAGAUUGAUGUCCUGUCCCGCUCUGACAAAUGGAUCAUUCCCCGAAACGUGCUGGUUCAAUCCUUGCUAGCCUUCAAUAUCUUCGGUCAGGAAACUUCACUUUCCUGGAUUCCCGAGGGGCUGCUCCGCAAGUUCUUCUAUCGCGAUCUUCAAGACAUUGCUCCAACCGAUGAUGGAAUCUUCACCCAGACUCCCAUGGCCAAUUCGGAACUGUUCAAUCAGAUCCGCCAAGGCAAAGCACACUGGCUUCGGGGUGAUAUCGUCUCCGUGGAGGAGAACGGUGUGGUGUUCAAUCAUAGAGCCCAAGGUGUUCCUAAAGGCGGCCCAGGCAAAGAGCGUUUGGUUGAAGGCGAUAUCAUCGUCAUGGCUACUGGAUUUAAGCGACCAUCCUUGAAUUUCCUCCCCGAUGAAGUCUUUGAAGAGCCAUAUAGUCCCCCAGACUGGUACCUCCAGGUCUUCCCACCCAAGUACCCCGAUAUCUGCGCCAACAAUAGCACCUAUGUCAACGCAAUCGGCACGGUUGGCAACAUGCACAUCGGCAUCUACACGCGCUUCCUCAUCAUGUUCUUGACUGAUCCCUUGACUCGUCCAUCGGAGCAGCGGAUGAAGACCUGGAUUGAUUUCACGAGACUUAUGAAGCGUUUGGCUCCCACAAGAGCUUUUGACUUCUUCACCUACGCCGAGCUCAUCUACUGGUACAUCUUUGUGCUGCUUAUUAAUCCCUUCCGAUGGAAGUGGGCUCUAUUCGUCUUCUUUGGUCUUGGGCGAGCCUUGCCCUUGAUGGUGGUGGAGCAAGAGGAAUUGUUCCGCAAGGAGCUUCAAAAGCAGCACAAAAUCGAUAAGGCCGAGUAAUGUUGAGUUGGAUAAUUGUAAUGACACGAGCGAUGAAGGAUGCAUGUUGUGGACGAGCGUUACUUCCUUGGUGAUCAUCUGAUGAGCGUGCAUUGAAAAUUUCUAGAUCUGCAGAUACUGAGGACAAUAUGAUUGAUGACAGUUCAAAUGGGAAGGCUGCCGGCCUAUUCAAUGAGUCAUGGAAGAUGGAAUUGAUUGCGUAAUUUCUUGUAGAGCUAGAUUAUCGACAAUUUCUUUACUUUCAAGUGUUCAUUCUUUCUUAAUGUCGGGAAUCUUCUCUGCAAUGUCGUAAGCCAGGUUGCCCCGUGAUAUCCAAUGGGGCAAAUAGCCCUUUUCUUCCAACCACAGCAUAGGCCAUAGCAAAGUCACACCCAGAAUACAGAAGAACGUUGCAAUCAAAUGCCAAGCCAGGACUAGCCAAUACCCGACAUGUGGCAGGAGAAACUUGACAAACUCGGAAGUUUGAUACAGAUCCUCUUGCUUGGUGAUGUAGUACCGCGUGUGGUCGCCAUUGGCCGGCGCACUACUAUUGGCUGCGUCCGU